AUGAUCCUACAAGAAAUGCAUCAGGCAAAGGCUCUGACAGACACGGUGAGUUUCAACAUUGAUGCCAUAAAUUGCUGCGCGCAACGGGGGGAUGCAGAGUCUGCUGAGAGAUGGUUUGAGGAAAUGACCCAAAGCUUCUUGCAGCCCGACAUCAUCAGCUACAACAGCAUGGUGAAAGCGAGCCGGAACACGCUUGACGCCGCAGAGAAUUGGAUGUACGAGAUCUCCCGGCGCUUGCUCCAGCCAAAUGAAGUCAGCUUUGGGAGCAUGCUCGAUGCCUGCGCACGAACUGGUCAAAUGGGCAGAGCUGACCUGUGGCUUGGGAAGAUGCAAUUGGCCAGGAUGCACCCUGGCCAGCACUGCUACACAAGCUUAGUGAAGGGAGCCGCGCAAAAUGGCGACUUUUGUGCUGCUGAGAAGUGGAUGCUGAAGAUGGAGGCAGAAGGCUAUGUCGAUGAGAUGAGCUAUGGUAGCAUGCUGAAGGCUUGCAGCUCAACUGCCUCUGUGAAAACCGCUGAAAGGUGGUUUCAAAGGAUGCUCGCGAAUCGAGUUCCAGCCAACACAGUGAUCAUGUCGAGCUUGCUUGAUACCUAUGCGGAAGCUUGUGACUCAGCUGGAGCAGCGCGCUGCUUCGAAAAAUGCGUGCAGUUGGCAGUGCAGCCAGAUAUCCAGUGCUAUGGCGCUUUGCUAAAAGCGUGUGCUAAUGCUGGAGAUACGACCGCUUCGGAGAUUUGGAUGAACACGCUGUUACAUUCAAAAUUGGAAGUAAGCACAAUGGCCUUCAACCAUGUCAUUAAUGCGUACGCCCUCAGUUCACAACCGAGCAAAGCCUCUGACUGCUUUGAUGCUUUGCUCCGGUCUUCCUGCACGCCGGAUACAGUGACGUUCAGACUCUUGGCUUAG